ACAAAAACGCCUUACAAUGUCGCUCGCAGCGUUGAUGAUCGUCCUAGCCGUCUCCAUCCCGCACGUCGCCUGCAUAAAUCUGGGCAACGAUUCCCUGGUGAACGAGCCGUUCAUGGUGGCCCUUUUCCUUCACCGUCCGUACACGAGGGAGUCGGUCCACUGCAGCGGUACGCUCAUAUCGCAGGACUACGUCUUGACCGCCGCGAGAUGCUUCUACGACAAUGACGUUUCCACCAUUAACAUAAUCUUUGGAGCUUUGGCUACCGAUCGUUGGGAAGAAGGUCACCUGACGGUCACUCAAAACACCUCGGGGCUCACUCUUCACCCGGGUUUCGAUCCUGACACGUUCGCGAACAACUUAGCCUUGAUAAAACUAGACGAUAGUAUCCCCUUCACCGACUUCAUAAGCCCCGUCGCCCUGUACGACGGCGACGAGACCUUGGAAGGCGAAAACUCCACCAUACUAGGUUACGGUCUCUACGACUAUCAGCUGAAGUACGCUUUCAACCCCAUACUGUCGACAGUCGAUUGCCAAACGAGCGAUGUGUUUUACGAGGACCUCGUGACCGACGAGCACAUCUGUUUUGCCGGUUACGGAUUCUUAUCCGCUUGCGAGGGCGAUUUCGGCGGACCGCUCCUCGUAGACGACGUCCAAGUGGGCGUCCUUUCGUUCUACUGGCAUGACGAGUACAAUUACUGCUACUUCGACCAGCCGACGGUUAGUACUAGGAUAUCACGAUUCAGGUCUUGGAUUAGAGACAUCUCAGGUGUUUAAAUCGACAAAACAAACCUGAACUAUUGUUUAAUAACGUGAACUAUUGUUUAAUACACGAAAUAACCUUCAAUUCACAUGAAUUAGUUUUUA